CCUCUGGUUAUGGAAAAACUUUGCAGCAUUUCGGAGUAUUUCCAAAUUUUCCUCUCGUCUUCUGCCUCCUCCUUUGUCUUUUGCUUCGUCGUUUCACUGUUCCAAUAAACUCUUCUUCCAUCUUCUUUUCUCUUUCCUCAAUUAUUUUUUCCCAUUUCCAAUCCAAAGUUCAAACCCCUUCAUUUUUGUUUUCUUUUUUACUAGUUAAUUUUUGGGUUAUAGUUUUUUGGCCUUGGCCUUCGGGGCUCUCCUUUCGAGUUCUGAACUUCUGAGGGCUUCUGCACUUUUCGCUUGGUUUUAUUUUUAACCUCCCCUUCUCCAGGGAGAAUUCCCUGUCUCUUUCGCACCUCCACUGAGAAAAAAGAAGAAUGAGUUGUGAGUGUAACAACAAUGGCGUCAUUGGGCGCAGCAGAAUCUUGUGUGCGACUGUUCCUUUUCUCUUUCUUCUGAUUUUGGCAUCGACCCAGAUGAGAUUCAUGGCUGAAGGAAGAUUGGUUCCAAAGAGAGGCCAGACAGUGGGUGAAGAGAAAGUGGUAUUGAGAGGACAAAUUGGGUCAAGGCCUCCAAAAUGUGAAAGGAGAUGCAGCUGGUGUGGGCACUGUGAGGCCAUUCAGGUGCCUACAAACCCACAAAAAUCAGCCAACACAAACUCUUCAGCAUUCAACAACAUGGCUUAUGCAAGAGAUGAAGCCUCCAAUUACAAGCCCAUGAGCUGGAAAUGCAAAUGUGGGAGCCUAAUCUUCAACCCCUAAACAAAUAAUCCAUAAUACCCCACUUUUCUUUCUGUAAAUUAGUGAUUAUAUAUCAUUGUUUCUUUUUAACUUAACCCACUCUUCUUCUUCUUCUUUUUUAUUUCCUCCUCUAUCUGAUCUCUUUUGUUUUGGAACUGUUUUGGUACUGAAAUUCAGGGUUACGUUGAAAGCAGGCAUUUGAUGAUGAGUAUUAUUA